UCCACAUAAUAAUCCGAUUAUUUAGAGAUGAUCUCUUUCUCUCACCGCUCGAUUUCUCGAUCCAUCACUUUACUAUUUCCGAUCAUUUCAUUCAUCCAAUUUCCUCUUUGGAUCUAUCAGCUAUUCAUUCUACUAUCCAUUGAUUUACGCAUACAGAGAUUGAAAACGCGAUACCUUACAUGAUUCCCGUCGAAUUGAAUUGAAUUGAGGAUCGAUUGAAUAAGGUAAUCGCAUCAAUGGCGGCGGCAUCAAGACGCCUGAAAGAUCUUCAAUCGCAGACAGGAAACAGAGUCUGUGUCGAUUGCUCACAGAAGAAUCCUCAAUGGGCAUCUGUUUCAUACGGCGUGUUCAUGUGUCUGGAAUGCUCAGGUAAACACCGCGGUUUAGGCGUUCACAUUAGUUUUGUUCGAUCUGUAACUAUGGAUUCCUGGUCGGAUAUUCAACUGAAGAAGAUGGACGCCGGUGGUAACGAGAGGUUAAAUAAAUUUCUAUCACAGUAUGGAAUACCUAAGGAAACGGAUAUUGUAACGAAAUAUAAUACAAAUGCUGCUUCAGUUUAUCGCGAUCGGAUUCAAGCGCUUGCUGAAGAUCGUCCAUGGAGAGAUCCUCCUGUUAAUAAGGAAUCGAUUGGUUCUUCAACGAAGAAGAAACCUCCGUCUGUUGUUGGUCGGAAUAAGGAAUCUGAUGGGAAUGGCGGUGGUGGAUGGGAUAAUUGGGAUAGUUUUGAUGAUGGAGGAACAAAAUCAUCACCGGUAGAUGUUAGAAGGAAUCAAUCGGUGAGCGAUUUCAGAAGUGUUGGUGAUGGAAAUGGAGGUGGACCUCCAAGAUCGAGAUCUAGUGAUAAUGUAUAUAGUAAAACUGAUUUGGAAGCUUCUGCGGCGAACAAGGAUAACUUCUUCUCGCGAAAAGUUUCAGAGAACGAUUCUAGGCCAGAAGGUGUUCCUCCUUCGCAAGGAGGAAAGUAUGUUGGUUUUGGAUCAUCUCCACAACCUUUGGCAAGGAAUCAAUCUGAAGAAGAAGAUGUGUUUUCUGUAAUGACUCAGGGAUUGGGUCGUUUGUCUAUGGUUGCUGCAUCUGCUGCACAUUCUGCAGCGAAUGCGGUUCAAGUAGGCACAAAGGAGAUAGCCUCAAAGGUAAAAGAUGGAGGAUACGAUACAAAGGUAAACGAAACUGUAAAUGUUGUAACAGCAAAAACAACAGAGAUUGGACAAAGAACAUGGGGAAUCAUGAGGGGUGUUCUUGCAUUAGCAUCACAGAAGGUAGAAGAGCUUACAAAGGAAGAAAAUUGGAUCCAAGAAACAUCGACACAGAAUGAAUUCGAAGGUGGUGACAGAAACGGGGGACAGUAUCGA